CUGCGUAUAGUACUGAUGGUAAUCGGAGUAUCGUGUGCGACGUGUUACAUGACCAACUACAUGAAAACUGUACCGGUACCAUCGCUCAACGGUCUGGAGAAAACAGAAAUGGACAACUUAGCAAACUACAAACAAAACGAUUUCCAGCAUAUCAAGAAGAAUGGUUAUAUCAGUGAAGGAGAUCUGGAAAAUGGAAAUAUGAGAUUGCAACGGGCAGUGCAAACGGAAAUGCGUAAGAGCCAGACACGGGGUAGUACCGGUGACAUGGGAGGUCAUCUUCAGCGUCUUCUUGAUAAAUUGCAAUCAAGUGACUCGCCAUGUAUACUCGGUGUCUGGGAAAACAGCGAAGGUGUCCAUUUAACUCUAUGUCCGAAGAUUUGAUGCUAAAUGAACUCCUUGGAUAUUUAAGUUAUUUAUUUUAUUUUAUUUAUUUGUUAAAAUUAAAUUACCAAAUUUGAUUUAAACAUGUAGUUUGAACUCAAGAAACUUGUCACAUAUUGUUAAACUUCUGGAUUGAGAAACAUACCGUCUUCUGAAUAAUCAGUUCCGGACUGGUGAAUGAGUUGAAAGACAGUGGACCAUUCAAUUUGAAGAAGUGUGCUAUACAUUCUGUUAACAUUACCAACAUUGCACCGUUAUUCAGUAAUCAAAACAAUAUAAUACAAUGCAGAUAUAUGUUAAACUUUUUUACCCUUUUGUAUUAGACCAAAAAUUGUUUUGUUGCCCUCAGCGACCGACCGAAAAUAUGAAAUAUCGGGUCGCGUUUUUCCCCUUAGUAUUCACGAGUUCAAAAAAAAAAUCCGACCGAUCGACCCAAUUUUUCAAUUUUCCGACUUGAGGGCAACAUAAGUUUUUUUUUUUUGGCCUUAUUUUUACUCAUUUAAUUUUAUAUUAUAUUUAUUUAUAUUAAAGAUGCAAUCUGAACAUGUAAUUUUUAGUAUUGUUGUUUGACACUGUAUAUUGAUAAAAACAUUGGACUAUAAGUUAUCAUUCACUGAAAACGCAGUUCUUGUAGCACACAAUUGAGUAUUGGUUCGAUACUAGUAGUUUUGUUUUGUCAUCUAAAGAAUCCUGUGUGUGUUCUGCAAACGCAUAAUGUUUAGUUUAUAAUAAACCAUGGUUAGAUUUGGUCUACAGUAUAUAGAAUCUAACAACAAUAUUAAAAAUGUAUAUUGUCGUUCAUAUUUCUUUAAUAGGACACAGCAUGGUUUUAUUACUGAUAGAUUCACGAUUAUUGAUUAAAUAAUACAUCAGUGGUCGUCUUGAUCAGGGUUACUAAGUUUAAUCUGUUUCGUGGUAAUUUUACGUU